UCUCACUACCGAAACAUAGAAUUUAUAUUCUUGUUUUCAAUCUAUAGCAAUGCCUAGUCCAAUAUUAUCUGAAUGUUUCAUAGGCUCAACUUCGGUGUUAACCCGAAUCCAACCCGGCGUGAUCUUAAAACAUCCUCGCGUCACGAGCAAUGAGGAUUUCAACAAUAGAAUCGCCAAAGGUUUUGUAGCCGAACCUCAGAUCCUUGAAAUGCUAGGAGACCAUCCUAGAAUUGUCAAAUAUCUUGGAUGGCAAGAUAAACCAGAACUACCGUCCGGGUUGCUCCUCGCUGAGGCUAGCCAUGGAAAUCUUCAAGAAUACCUCAAUAACAAAAACGACGAAAUCUCCCCUGCUCUUCGAAGAAAAUGGUGCCGGCAAGUAGUCGAAUCGAUCGCAUACAUACACCAUCGUGGGGUGAUACACUCUGAUCUACGCCCUGAAAAUAUCCUCGUCUAUGCCACUACUUCCACAUCUCUCGAUAUUUGUCUUUGUGAUUUCGGUGGUUCAACGUGUGAGAAACUUGGGUUGAUUGGUGACAACCUACCAGACGCGGGCUUCUUUGACCCUAACUCCGGGUGGGUAUCAACACCCGCUACGGAUUUAUUCAGCGUUGCGUCUAUACUUUACACAAUCUUUACAGGACAUUGGCCUUACAGAGCGCCGGGAGGACGUUUUGGGUCGAGUGAGGAGAUGGUGAGCUAUCACAGGAUGGUUGAUGACUUAUUUCAAAGACGAGAAUUCCCUGACGUUAGUGAAAUCUGGGCAGGGGCUGUUAUCCUGAAAUGUUGGAUGCACGAAUAUGCCAGUGCCGAUGAUCUUUUGCAAGCUUUAGAAUUGGAGAUGACGGACGAGACGAGUGAAUAGGUACCUACCUAGGUAGGUAGACAAGUGAGUAGUUGGAUGAGCGGAUAGAAAAAGAAUUAAAUAUAUUUAGUAAACAAAGUGAAUGACCAUCCAGUUAUUAAAUCUUUCCCAUGAGCUUGACCAAUAUCGAUGAUCCUAGUUACGUAAUCCUAACCCAUGUCUGAUCAGGUAAGAUGG